GAUAAAGUUAAAACCACCACCAUAAAUACAGAUAAAUAAAAAAUAAGGAAUAUAAAAUGCAAAAUGUACAAUAAGUGUAAUAUGUCAAGUAGAAAAGUCCUGUGUGGAGUGUGGUGCAAACUUUCAGUUUAUUUAUGAUUUAUUUAGAAAAUUCUGCCCACAUGUGAUGAUAAUUAAUCACAUUACAGCCAGUUAUGGUUCAAUAUAAUGUGUUUUUAUUGUUCCUGAUGUUAAGUGACAACAUAUUUUUUGCUUGAGUGACGCUCACAAAAAUAUCACUGCUGCAAAUAUCCUGCUGUGAAAUUGCAAAGUGUCAUUUAAAAAAAUACGCAAAAAAUAUUCUGACUUCAGUGAACGGAUCAGAUGUUUACAGGAAAAUAAAAUCCAGCUCAGGAUUCGACUGUGGAACAAACGGUACCGUGACUCCGUGUGCGACGGCUCACCUGUCUGAGGUGACGAAAAAAACAAGAAAAUCUAUGAAGCGUUAGAAAGCAACAGCAAAAGCCAUUAAAAGAAGGCAAUAAAACAAUAGUAAAGACGGUGAAACGUGAAAAAUAGCAAUUACAAAACAUUAGACAAGAGAUAAAAGGUUCUAAAAAUGGCCGUCUAACAGCUAAAACUGUAAAAACAUGGCCGUCAUUUGUUUUAGGUACCGAUCGCCUUUUCAAACCUACUUAACAGCUCAAAACUUAAAUGGACAUCAUGUAAAAGAUGCAAAUAUGGGUUAUCUUUUAUUUAUGUAAAAAUAAAUUACAGGUGAGUGUGUGUAAAACUAGUGCAGACAGAAAACUAGGACACAUGUCUAUUAAAAAUAGAGCAGAAAUGUCAGAAUUUUAAUCUUUCCAGACUUUUAAAUCUACUUAUUUGCAAUCUUUUGACUCCCGGACAGAUAAAACAAGAAGUAAUAUAAUUAAUAGAUUACCUUAAAGAUUAAUCAGCAAAUUAAUCACUACUGAUAAUAAUCAUUAGUAGAAUCACGAUAUAAACUUAACUUUAAACUAUCAAAUGUGUAAACGAGUCAAAGUGAAUUUGGACUUCUAUGAACAUACAGCGUAUGUCAUGUAAAGUCCAUAGAACAAUAUUUGACCUGUUGUUGAUGCUACUUAAGGCCAUGUGUUGAGAAAAUAUUUUUAAAAACAGUUUUUUUCCUGUUGUUUAGAGCAGAAACCAGCAAUUGUAAACCUUGAAUCAAUAAGUUGUUGUGACUGCCAUAACAGAAUAAUUGUUUAAUCGCUACAGAUUUGAGAAUAAGAUUAGAUGAGAAGACAAGAAUGGCAUGCAAUUUUAUUCACAAGGGUUAUUUUGUAUAGCAGCUGAUCAUACAAUGAGUCAGAAAACUAGAAAAUAACACAACACCUUCAUCAUUUUAAUUUCUCCACAGCCGGCAUGGAAGACAAAGCGAAUGGCUCUGUUGACACCAAAAGUCCAGUGGAGAACGGUCAGCUGCCGGAUCCUUCCAACUGGGGGGUCGCGGACGUCGUCAACUAUUUCAAAGCGACGGGGUUCGAGGAACAAGCGACGGCUUUCCAGGAUCAGGAGAUCGAUGGCAAGUCUCUGCUCCUGAUGACGCGUAACGACGUCCUGACGGGGCUGUCGAUAAAGCUCGGCCCGGCCCUGAAGAUCUACGAGUACCACGUGAAGCCGCUGCAGACUCAACACCUGAAGAGCAACGCCUCGUAGCAGCGCGGUUCGUCCCGGCGUCCCACCUCAGCGACAAUCAUGGUGUCAGGAGAGCUCCAGGUUAGCUUCACAGAGACUCCUCUGCCCGCCGCGGCACCUUAACAGGAUUUGAAAUGCUGUAUGUUUUUAUAAGCGUGGACCCCAAAAAUGGGUUGCACAUGGCGUCCACUCAGCUGUUUACCCUUUCAGCCAUUCUUAUUUCUGCUGCUUGAGAUAUUAUUAUUAUUAUUAAUAUUAUUAUUUGUGUGUUUUAUUUAAAAGAAGGAAAUUUGGGGGGGAGAAUACUCGGCAGGUAUGAUAUUUGUGUGCGUGUGUGUGGUGUAUGUGUGCGUGCAAAGUGAAUUAACCUGUGAUGGUUUAAAAAAACAAAACAAGUAUUUGUAUAUAAGAUGAUAUAUAGUUGACAACCGUGUAUGUUCUGUUGUACCUGGACACUUUGAUACCUGCGGAAAAUUAUUCUGACGCAUCCCAUUUUGCCCUGAAAUCAGUUUUUAUGUUCGAUACUGCGCAUCUGAGUCCACGAGUCGUCCUUAGCAUGAAGCGUUUUGUUUUUCCAGACACAAGGACCCAAACACAAGCCUCCUCAGUCUCGCACACCUUCAUUGUGUAGGCUCGAGGCUCUUGAUAUGAAAAUAUUUAUGUGUAUAUAUAUUCUUAUUAUGUACCUACCUGUGGUGCUUUCAGCAUUGUCGCGCAGACAACUGUACUGAAGUGUGUAUGACCAAUGUAAAUGUGCAACUUAACACUGGAGUUUGAAUAUCAGAAUCAGAGAUUUGCAAUAAAUGGUGCUCUUUUCUCACCAAAGAACAA